CUACGACUUUAUCGGAUUAUUCUAAUUGCUGCUGUUUUAGGGUUUGUUUAUGCUGAUAAACAAUGAAAUUAGCUUAUAAGUAUCUAAUUAGACUCAUCCCACUAUGCACUGAUAAGUUGUCAACGUGUAAUACGUAACUACCUAUACGAUCAGUAUGCCGACGUUCCUGACGCCGGGCCGGCACGGGUACGCCGUCCGGUUCUCCCGGACGCGACCGGACGCGCUGGCGGUGGCGACUAGUCAAUAUUACGGGCUGGCUGGCGGAGGCACCCUUUUCUUUUUGGAACUUGCUCCUGACGGGGCUACGAUAGUUGAAGUACAGAAAUUAGAAUGGAACGACGGACUAUUUGAUGUGACAUGGUCGGGCACGACGGAGGGCGCGGCGGCGUGCGGGGCGGGGGACGGGGCCGUGCUCGUGUUCCGCGCGGGGUGCGCCGCGCCGCUGCGGGUGCUGCGGGCUCACACCAGCGAGGUGUGCUCGGUGGACUGGCCUAGAGCGCAUCUGCUCAGUGCUAGCUGGGAUACUACCGUUAAACUGUGGGACCCCGAAUCCGAGACGUGCAUAAGCACGUUCUCCGGCCACUCUGCGCUGGUGUACACGGCCACCUUUUCGCCGCACUCGCCAGCCACUUUCGCCUCGGUGUCCGGAGAUGGCCACCUCAAGUUAUGGUCGUGUACGGACCCUUCUCCGAAAGCUGUUGUCAAAGCCCACGACGCCGAGGUGUUGUCGUGCGAUUGGAGCAGGAUAGAGACACACGCCAUCGCUACCGCGGGUUCCGAUGGACUGGUCAGAGGCUGGGAUCUCAGGAGGCUCACGUCACCCAUGUUUACUUUAAAAGGAUGCGAGUGUGCAGUGAGAAGAGUGCAGUUCUCCCCGCAUGCGCCGUCCGUCAUAGCGGGGGUGUCGUACGAUUUCACCACAAGGAUAUGGGACCUGAAGAGAGGCUGUGACCCCUUGGAAACGAUCCGGCACCACUCGGAGUUUACUUACGGAUUGGACUGGAGCUCGCUGCGGCCGCACCAAAUAGCCGAUUGUGGGUGGGACUCGCUUGUGCACGUGUUUACACCAAGGUGUUUAAAAUGAAAUGGACUAGUCAAUAAAAGGAAACAUCUUGCUUGGAGGUGGACAAAUUUAUGGCAAGACAACGGCUAAAAGCUGAAUGCUGAUGGUAAAUGGACACCGUAGCAUACGAAUGCCUGUAACUAUAGAGGAAUCACAUACUUAUUAUACGUGAGGAUUCACGAAGUUGACAGCUUAACCCGUUGGCCGCCCACCAUUUUCACCUAUAGUGUUGCCCCCAACGCCUCAUAUAAAUUUAGUGAUCCCAACGGUGAGUCACAGCAUCGGAUUAUUACUGAGGCCAAUAAAGAGAUAAUGAGCUUUUGAUACCUCCGACAUUAUUUUAUUUUUUUAUGUAUGGGCUUAGGUACUCAUGGCCACAGACUAGCGGAGGGGUAGACGUGGCCUACGAUGGAGCGAGCUCGCGCAGAAGGUGCCUGUUCACUCUUGAUUUGAAGGUUGCCGGGUUACAAGAACACGGAAAUAUAGACGCCGGCAAGGAAUUCCAUUCCCUGGCAGUACGCAUAAGGAAAGAAGAAGCAAAGCGCUUCGUGCGAAUUGGUGGAAUAUCUACCAAGUAAGGAUGGAGACCAGCCGUGCGUCUAAAAGUCCGAUGGUAGAAUGGGGACGGCGGAAUGAGCUCGUGUAGCUCUUGGGCACACUCCCCGAAGUAGAAUACCGACAGGCUGGCGACUUUCCGCCGAUGGGCCAAAGACUGAAGCUUAGCCGUUAGCUUCUUGUCGCCAAUCAUCCUCCUGGCUCUGCGCUCCACUGAGUCCAAAGCGGAAAGUUGGUAUUUAGCUGAGCCAUCCCACAGGUGGCUGCAAUACUCCAUACACAUAGAGAAAUAUAGUAAGAAUAGAGUGCAUCCGUUUUGGUACCAGAACGAAUAUGUAUUAUUUUCGCAGUCGACAUCAAGCAUCGAGUAACGGAAUUAAGUAGUAUGAUAACUGAUACUAUUUUUAGGGUUCCGCACCCAAAACGUGCCAAAGGGCUGUUAUGAACAGUAAUCAUAAAAUUUUCACAUUCCAUGUACAUGCCGCCUGAAUUAUAAAUAAUAGAUUCUUGCGGAAGGUUUAGGUGUGUAAUUUGGUAUCGUCUUGGGUCGUCCCAUUCGUUUUUCGUCAAGUUCUUAAAUUAGUCCUAUUCUGCUUUCGUCACUCAUUCUACAUUGAAAGCCACCGACGAUUGUGACGAAUGUAGAAUGGGUGACGAAAACAGAAUAGGACUAAUUUAAUAACUUGACGAAAAAAGAAUGGGACGACCCAAGACGAUACCCGUAAUUUGUUAAGGUUUCGUGUAACCCGUGUGAAGCCGUGCCGGGUCGCUAGUUAUAUAUAAAUGUACGGUCAUUGUUACAACGCAAUAUAUUUAUUUCUAGAUAAGUCUUGUAAUCUUUGAAUAAUGUAAAAAAACAUUGUGGUUGCACUUUUAUAUCUGUCGUGUCAUGUAUCAUUCUCGCAUUUAAAUUGUUAUAAAUAACAUAAUAAAGCGCAACCAUCAUAUACUAAGUAUUAGUUUUGUUUUGAACAUUUGAUUGAAUUACUUAUUGCAAGAACAAAAGAUUUUAGUUAGACCAAGACAAGUCUGCAACGAUUUUGACGGCACACGCAGUGCAAGUGUUAUUUUAAACGUCAAACUUUAAAAUUAUUACGUGUAAAUAACACUUGCACUGCGUGUGAUAUCAAAAUCGUUGCAGAGUUGUCUUGAUCUGACUUUAGAUAUUUAGACUAAAUAAUAAUGUUUUUGUUAUUUUAGUUAUAAGAUGCAAUUUUUAUUACUUUGUACAUAUAUUUAGAGAUGUUGUAUUCUAUGAUGUAAAAUAUUUUUCUUCAGCAAUGUAAAUACAUUAUAAUAACUUCAAAAGUCAUAUUGUAAUUGGCAAGUAUAGUCGCACCAAUAAAAGUCUGCAGCGGAUUUGAUAGCCCACUCAGUGUAAGUGUUAUUUAUACGUCAUAAUUUCAUAGAAGUUUGAUGUUUAAAAUGACACUUGCACUGCGUGGGCUAU